GAAAUAUUGACGUUUGACUUUGAGUUGCUGAUUAUAUUAUAUUUAAAAUAUUUGUAAUUUGCAGAAACAAACAAUAAAUAAUAAAAAAUGGCAAUGGCUAAUGAUACACCCGAAAGCGACUUCUCAAUAGAAUGUUUUCAAAACUAUUCCGCCCCAGAGGUUUUUGUUCAAGGCUUGGCCGGGAUGGUAGAUCAAACUGAUGUGGAAAUGAUAAUACGUGCACAAAAAACAAUGCUACAACGCUUUGAGAAAACAACAGAAAUGUUAACAAACUGCAAUCAAUUAUCGGCCAGCCGACUUCGAGCUGCUUCAGUGGAGUUCAAGAAACACACUCAACUACUUCUUGACAUGAAGAAGGACUUGGAAUUUAUUUUCAAAAAGAUUAGAGCAAUCAAAACUAAGUUGAGCACACAAUAUCCUGAUGCAUAUAAAGUAGCAAUAGCAGCGGCAGCAGAAAAUAAAAAACCGAUUGAGGAUGAAGAUGAUUUUAAAGCAGAAACUAAAAUUGAAUCUAAAAUGGUUGCGACGGUUUCCACGGAAACCUUAAAACCUGCAAGUGUUGAUGAGAAGAAAUCUAAGAAAAAAACAAUUAAACCAGAUAUAGAUAUGAAUUGUAAUGAGGGUGAAUGUUCUAGAACAGCAAGAAAGGUUAAGAGUAGCAGUUCUUCAGAAACCGAGAGUGCAAGUUCUGGAGACGAAGAAAGCACAGAUACCGGUUGAACUGUUUAAUUAAUAACUUUGAGCUUCAAACUAUUAUAUUGUAUUUAGGGUUACUUAAAAUAUAUCAUGUAUGUGAGAGAACAAUCUCAAACAAAAUCG